GCUGACAAAUUUGGCAAUGUUGUGCACUUUGGGGAGCGUGACUACCAUCCAGAGAAGAAACCAAAAGUUGGUAGAAGAAGCACCUUCUCCUGCAUUAACACCCGAGUUGCGGAAAGCCAUGGGGGAUGCAGCAGUUGCAGCAGCAGCAGCAGCGUCAAUUGGUUACAUUGGUGUUGGUACAGUUGAGUUCGUUUUGGAUGAAAGAGGGUCCUUUUACUUCAUGGAGAUGAACACCAGGAUCCAGGUCGAGCAUCCAGUUACUGAGAUGAUAUCCUCAGUUGACCUGAUUGAGGAACAGAUCCGAGUGGCUAGAGGCGAGAAACUCCGUUACACACAGAAGAUGCUUUCAGCUGAACAGGGAGAAUUACAGCAUACCUUCCAGCUGGAGGCCCAUUCGUGCGCAUGGAUAGCCAUGUUUAUUCAGAUUAUGUUGUUCCACCCAGCUACGAUUCCCUGCUUGGAAAGCUUAUUGUUUGGGCUCGGACAAGAGAAAGGGCAAUCCAACGUAUGAAGAGGGCCUUUAAUGAUACCACCAUUACAGGGGUCCCAACAACAAUUGGAUACCACAAACUUAUCCUGGAAAUUGAGGAUUUUCAAAAAUGGAAAAGUGGAUACAGCUUUUAUUCCAAAACACGAGCAAGAACUCACUGAGCCUCAGCCAACGGAACCAACAGAGGCUCAGAAAGAGCUGGCUAGAGCUUCCACUUAAGCUAGUCUCGUGUCGCGAUCAAUGGAAGCAAGCUUUUGGCUUCACUUGUUUAUUUGAUAGCUGCACAUUAUUUAAUACUACUUGUUUUUCCACAUUUUUCACUUGUCAAAUGAGCUUUAGAUGUAACGUAGAUGAGAACUAUUCUUGG